ACAUUUUGACCAUCUACUUUGACCUCUUGUUGUAAAGAUGGCUACCAAGCGGUUUGUAAGAUCUGCAAUUGAUUGGGCUGCUUUUGCUGAAAGGGUUCCACCGUCAGAAAAAAUCAAGUUUCAGGCAUUUAAAGCUAAAGUAGAUGGCUACACUAAGAAGCUUAUGAGUUAUCCUGAAAAACCUCCAUCAAUAGAUUUUUCAUUGUAUCGUUCUCGAUUACCUAAUCCAGCUAUGGUGGAUGAAUUUGAAAAGCAGUUUAAUGCUGUAAAGAUACCUUAUCCUGCUGAUAAAUUUACUCCACUCAUAGAUGAACAAGAAAGGAAAGUUGAUGCUGAUUUAAAAGUUGUGCAGGAAAUAUGUGAUCUAAAUUGCCAAUACUACAAUAAAAAGUUGCAAUGGUGGAAGGAUAUGAUGCCAUUUGACCAAAUGACAAUGGAUGAUUUCAAGGACUACUUCCCUGAUCCUAAACUAGAUAUUUAUGAGACACCCAGCUUCUGGCCGCACACUGAACCAGCAAGGCCUGUGUUCCCUUAUCUAGAAAAGAAGGAUCAUUAAAAUGAACUAUAAUGUUGUAAAAAAUUAAAUAAUUUCAGUCGAAAAAAUUUAGGCUUUUGAUCUUAUAGCUUUAUUGAUAACCAAUUACAAGAAAAUAAAAAGUAAUUACUUCUUA